AUGUGGACAAGACUUUAUAAAUGUAUAAUGUAUGUAACUUGUAGGUUCCCACAUGUACCUGGAAUCUAUUCGGAGGAACAAGUAGAGGCAUGGAAGCAAGUUACGGAAGCAGUUCACGCCAAGGGAGGCUUCAUCUUCUGUCAAUUAUGGCAUGUUGGACGAGCUUCUCAUUCAUUGUAUCAACCUAAUGGAGGAUCCCCAAUUUCGUCGACAGACAAACCAAUCUCGGAGAGGUGGCGAGUUCUAUUGCCCGAUGGGUCACACGGAAAAUAUCCCAAACCGCGACCUUUAAAUAUUUCCGAGAUACCUCAAUUGGUGGAAGAUUUUUGCAAGUCGGCUUUGAAUGCAAUUCGAGCUGGAUUCGAUGGGAUUGAGAUCCACGGGGCGCACGGUUACCUCAUUGAUCAGUUUUUGAAAAAUGGGAUCAAUGACCGUACUGACCAAUAUGGAGGAUCUAUUGCAAACCGUUGCAGAUUCUUACUUCAGAUAGUAAAAGGUGUGGUUUCAGCCAUCGGAGCUGGUAAAGUUGGUGUGAGGAUAUCUCCUGCAAUAGAUCACCUCGAUGCAACUGAUUCUGAUCCAUUAUCCCUUGGACUAGCCGUGGUUGAUUUGCUGAAUAAAUUACAAGAUGAGAAUGGAUCGAAGCUCACUUACCUUCAUGUAACACAGCCUCGCUACCACGCAUACGGGCAAACUGAGUCUGGUAGGCAAGGCAGCGAUGAGGAAGAAGCAAAGCUAAUGAAGACCUUGCGAAUGGCUUACAAUGGGACAUUUAUGUCUAGUGGAGGAUUCAACAAGAAACUCGGUAUGCAAACCGUUCAACAAGGUGAUGCUGAUUUGGUUUCCUACGGCAGGCUAUUUAUUGCAAACCCGGAUUUGGUUUCCCGAUUUAAGAUUGAUGCAAAGUUGAAUAAAUAUGACCGAAAGACGUUUUACGCUCAAGAUCCAGUUGCUGGCUACACCGAUUAUUCUUUCUUGUCACCUAUUUCUCGUCUAUGA